CCCGGUUUCUGUACCACAAGUAUUGGCAUUGAAAAAAUGAAGGGAACAGCCCCUGACAUUGAGGCUGAAGCGGAAAUCGCACACCGGGAGAAGGUUGACCUGCCGUUAGGCUACGAGGAUCCGCACAGGGCCGCUCUCGAAGACAAUCCGGAUGACCCUGAAAAGCUAACACUGCCUGUUAUUCUGUCUGCACUAUUCCUGGGCACCUCAUUCACCGGGCCAAUCAUUUUCGGCUUUAUUUUUGUAACUCCAAUUCUCGUCCAGCUCUCGGAGAAAAUAGGUGGCGAAACCAUUGAUUUCUGGAUUCCUUCAGGAUGGGGUGCCGCCGCUGCUGUGGGCUUUUCGAUCGCCGGCCGCAUCUCGGAUAUUUUUGGACGCAGAUAUGUUAUCCUCUUUGGCCAAUUUCUCACCGUCGUCGGUGGUAUCAUUGCUGGCACUGCCAAUUCGAUGAACCAGCUAAUAGCUGGAGAGGUCAUCCUGGGCGCAUCAAUUGGGACUGUCUCUGUUGCCUAUGCGGGGCUAUCUGAGAUAUUGCCUAACAAAUAUCGUGGCAUCGGGUUGGCGUGGACUGAGCUCAACCUCGCUAGCUGGGCUAUUCCAGGCACUCUUCUCGCCAAUGCAAUGAUCUCGAACGCUAGUUGGCGCAUCAUGUUCUAUAUCGCCAUCGGUUAUGGAGCCUUCUCCCUCAUUGGCACCUUCUUCGUCUACUUCCCGCCGAGCCAUCCUCGUCCCGAUGGCAAGACAAAAUGGGAAGAGUUUAAGGAGCUCGACUUCAUUGGGGCUGCUAUGUUUGUAGCUGGGCUCGCCGUGUUCCUCUUUGGGCUUAAUGCUGGUGGUAAUACAUAUCCCUGGGAGAAUGCUGGAACCCUGGCACCACUAAUUCUUGGAGCAAUUGUUUUCCUCGGAGCUUUCGUGUACGACUUUAUGGUCCCGCAGGACCCACUCUUUCCCUGGUAUCUAUUCAAGAACUUCCGUGAGUUCUCGGCGCUCAUUGUGCUUGUAUUCGUGGCUGGCAUGGUGUUCUUUGCUGCUUCUGCCCUAAACGCGCAAACAAUUCUAUAUCUUCAUACCAGCGACCCUAUCAAAAUAGGUAUAUACUCCAUUCCGUCGGGCGCGGGCCAGCUUGUCGGCAGCGUUCUCAUCCCGGCCCUUGUUCACUACAUCAAAUUCGUCCAGUACCAGCUCUUCUUUGCAAACUUCAUGCAAACGCUCUUCUUCGGCUUGGCGGCACUUAUCACCCCAACAAAUAUCAACUGGCUCAUGGCAGUGCAGUUCCUGGCCAUGCUGCCUUUCGGAUGGAUAACAUUGCUCUGCUAUACAACCGCAUCGCUGAAUGUGCCGCAGCGCGACCUUGGCGUCGCAAUUGGACUGAUCGGUACAUUCCGCUCCAUUGGUGGCGCCAUUGGGUCUGUAAUAUUCUCCUCAAUCUUCUCUCAGACAGCCGAGAAACAGGUUGCGCGACGGGUUGCGGAAACAGCUAUCAGCAAUGGAAUCUCAUCCGAUACGGUUGGUGAGCUCGCUGCAUCGGUCAAACUGACACUCCUCGGCGUCCCAGGACUGGCAGCAAAGUUCCCGGAUGUUUCUGCUUCUGCGUUUAGCGCCUGCCUUAGGGCAGCCAGGUACGGAUAUGCGUAUGGCUUUCGGAUUACCUGGCUGGCGUCCAUCCCGUUUGGCAUUGUAGCUACCUUGUGCGCGAUUAUGGUCAAGGAUCCGUCAAGAUAUUUUACGAACCAUGUCGAGGUUCACUUGGAGGAAAGAUUUGGGGCGAAAAUUAAAGAGAAGGAUGAGAAAGAGGCGAGGUGA